CACGUAUUAUAUUACAUGAGAAACUAUUUGUAGCAGUCUGUCACUAUUAAAAAGAGUAAAAAAACGUUAAUAUUAUUUGAUUUUUAAAAAAACAGUUGAAACCAAGAUGGCGUCUUUCAAAACGACUCCUUUGAAAUAAAAAUUGAAUGUUUCCAGAUGAUGCUAUUAAUGAAUAUACAACAGGAAAAUGUAUUUCAAAGUUUUGCAAUCAAAAUUUUAUUUUAUAAAAUACAGUAUUUCAUUUACAUUAAAAAAUAUAUAUUGCAGCACAAAGUUGCUUCUAAAACGUUUAUUCUCUAUGGCGAAUGCAGGUUGAGACGCGCACAACGUCCGGCGGACAUUUUAGAAACGUCCAGACGUUUUAGAAACGUAGCGUUAUACCGUCUUGAACUAUUUAAUGUUUCCGCAGUGUUUCAGUAACGUGGUUUGUUACAUUAACGUGUUUGAUAUUGUUCUGUUUUGCAAUUUAUGUGUAACAAGAAGUUUUAAUGUUUGCGUGUAUCUAAAAGUGUUCAAAUAAUAAUUUACGCGAUCAACAUUCUUUUGAUGGACAAGAUGGACGUUUGAAGACCGGCAUGGCGUGGUGAAACACGAGAUGAAACGGCGGCGGCUUCCACCAGCCCGCGGUGUCCGCCAUGCUGGGCGGCUCGCCGGGCUCCCCGUUCCGCGCCGGCACCGGCCAUCGAGCGCCCUGGCCCCCGCCGUCGCUGCCUGCCGCCGAGGGGUUCGGCAGGUUCGGCGUGAGCGGGGGCCUGUACUCGUUGUUUCCCGGCUCCGCCGACAGCGGCGCCACCGUCUACCCGCAGGCCGCGGGCACGGCCAGGUUCUCCCACUCCAACACCUACCACAGCUUCAUCGGCUCGCACAAAGUUGCAGACUCCCUCUUCUCGACGGGCUACACUUUCGGGGGCCCCACGCCGCCGCCUUCAACCGCGUCGGGUCCCUUCACCCCUCUGGUCGAGCGCGGCAUCACGCAACUCGAGCUCAUGGCCAAGGGCUUCAACAACAACAACAACAACAACAACAACAACGCUAACAACAAUAAUAACAACGGCACCGCGGAGCCGGUGCAGCUGCCCGCCACCAAGAAGCAAGACUGCAGGCGACGCGCCGACUGCCAGUUGGUGUUCCAAGAUGGCGGCGGCGCGGCGGCUGCGGCGGCCGUGGAGCGGCGAGGUGCGGCCAAGCGCCGCUGGGAGCGCGACUGUCAGCCGCCCGGCACGCCUCCGGCGGUCAAGAGCGAAGUCACUAGCAGACCGAGCUGCGGCUGCCGGCGCGGCAACAACGUCGUCUCAGGGUCGCAGUCUUCGCCGCGCGGGGGCGGCGCGGAGGCGGGCCUCAUGUCGCCGCCCUUCCCGCCGCCGGCGCCGGGCGAGCACCGCCUCCAACACCACCACCAGCACCAGCAGCAGGGAGGCGGCGGCUGCAGCCGCACCACGCCCGUGUCGCUGCGCGCCGCCCCCGACUGGGGCGGGGUGGUGGUCAAGAAGGAGCCCGGCGGCGGGGGCGGCGGGGGCGGGAGCACCACCACGCCCUGCCAGGUGGCCGAGGUGACCACCAGCCUGAGGCAGCACGCCGCCGCCGCCGCAGCCGCAGCAGCCGCCGCCGCCUCUCCGGCCCCGCUGGCGGCGGUCAUCAAGGUGGAGGGAGCGCGCAAGGAGGCGGCGCAGCAGGCCCAGCACUUCGCCCUCAGCACCGUCGGCAGCAUCCCGGUGGGCAUCGCCGUCGCGCGCCAGAGGCUGCAGGACGCCGCCUCCAAGCCGCCCCCGGCGCUGGCGCCCGCCCCCGAGCAGCCGCCCCCGGCGUCGCGCCCCCACAAGGCGCCCGCCCCCGCCCCCGAGCUCACCGUGUCCCAGGACCUCGCCGCCAUGGUUCUCCAGCCUCAGUGCGAGGACCGGGUGGCCAAUGGGAUCGCUCCGUGGGCGGCCGCGACGACCCACAACCCCGCCCUAACUCCGCCCACUUUGUGGCAGUACCCCGCGUCCGUGCCGGUGCAGCUGGGCCCGGCGGAGCACCUGCCGCUGCCCCCCGUGGGCUACCAGCUGGUGCGGGACCCCAUCUCGGGACACUUCCUGCUCAUACCCACCACCAACAUAGAGCACCUGCAGAGGACCGUGCUGUGGCCCGGAUACCCGGCCGCCAUUCAGCAGGCGCUGCCCGCCGCCGCGCAGCACAUACAGCUGUUCGAGGCGGCCACGGACGCGGGGGCGGACUUCCCCGCGCAGGCAGCCCGCAUCCUGGUGCAGCCCCAGCUGACCAUCGCCGCCGCGCCGGCCCCUCCCCCCGUCCCUCCCCCCGCCCCCGCCCCCGAGGCCGCGCGGCGCAGGCCGGCGCCCGCCGUCAAGGUCGAGGACUGCGACGGGGGCGGCGCCAGGGCCCACCGCCACCGCCACGCGCCGCCGCCUCGCGCCAUCGAGGCUCCCGGCGUGGCGCCCCAGCUCUUCUGCGACCACCCGGGCGCCGUGGUGCAGCUCGCCACGUCCGUGCAGACGGACAGCGGCAAGAGGUCGCAGGCGACGUCGCCCGUGAACCCGGCGGAGACGUGCCUGACGCCGCCCCCGGAGGCGGGGGCCGCUCCCUCGGAGGGGGGCGACGGGGGCGGGGGCGGGGCCGGCCCAGCCGAGACCCCCGUGCAGGUGCAGGACGCCAGCAACCAGACGGACGCCCCUCCCGCCGGCGAGGACGAGGCGAGCGACGCGGGCGACGCGGGGAGGCAGCCCGUCCCGUCCCCGCCCCCGCCGCCGCCCCCGCCUGUCCUGCCGUCCCCGGCGCCGCUACCCCCGCCCCCGCGGGAGCCCCCCGCGACGCCGGCGGACGAGAUGGUGGACCUCAGCGGCCUCGAGCUGCUGUCCAACAGCAUAGAGCAGUUCGAGAGCGCCAGGCAGAAGGCUGCGACGCCCCCGGAGCCGGCCCCUGGGCCGUCGGUGGAGAAGGCCGCAGAGACGCUACAGCUGCUCUGCCAGCAGCUGCAGAGGCCUGAGCCCGAGACUCGCCGGGAGCCCGAGGACGAGGCGGCAGACGGGGGGAAGAAGACGGACCCGGAAGGGGGCGGGGCCCUGGGCGGCCUGGGGCUGCUGUGCGCCCUCGCGGAGCAGAGGUUCAUGGAGGAGGUCGCGUCGGGGGGACCCCGGUCCCCCGUCGCGGCGGCCGCCCCGGGGCCCCCGGGCGUCGACGUGAACCGCAACUACCGGACGCGGGAGUCGGAGCGCGAGUGCAAGCGGUUCAUCGCCAGCAAGGUGCUGCAGUACUACCAGGGCGGCCACCGCAGCGGCUCGAGCAGCCCGCAGCCCCCCGGCGGGGGACAGUGCCGGAGCCCCCCCUCGGCCGACCUCAUGGACGCCAUGGAGCUGGACAUGCGCAUGCGCCUGGCCGAGCUGCAGCGCAAGUACCGCGAGAAGCAGCGCGAGCUGUCGCGGCUCACGCCGAGGAAGCCCGGGAGCGAGUCGGGCAGCUCGGGCGUGACCUCGCCCGAGGCUCCCCCCUCCAAGCGGGGGCCCGGCCGGCCGCGCAAGCGCUGCAACCGGCCGGCGACGGACUCGCCGCCGCCGGCCCGGCCGCGCGGGGCGAGGCCCCGGGACCCGCCCCCGCCCGUGCUCGAGAGGGCCACGGACGCGCGGCGCGAGGACUGCGCCGCGCCGAGGCUCAAGGCGUCCCGGCUGGACAUCCUCAGGCCCCCGACGCUCACCGCCAACAGGAUCCUCGCCUGCACCGGCCCCGCGACGCCGUGCAAGGUGAAGGACGCGGCGGGGAGACCGCCGAAGACAAACGGUGCCGUAACCUCGGACAGCAAUAAGGGCAAGUCGAGCCCGUUGUCUUUCAAGGACAGUAGCUCUGCUCUGGACAAACUUAGUGCCUUUGCCUCUGGCCGCCUGCCCCUGACGCACGCUCCCAGCCACACGUUUGGCUCUAAGCCCUCCACUUGUCUCCUCGGCGCAGGUGAUACAGAAUCGUUAUUUUGGUUCAAGAGUUCAGAAAAGUCUUCAUGUUUCGGAAAAUUAUUGGACAGGUCUUCACCUGAAGUGGAGAACUGGGAGUCCGCGUCCUUGAAGUUCAAGUCGUCCACCCCCCCGCCGCCCUCCCCGCCCUCGUUCGCGCCGUCCUCGUCCAAGAAGCGCAAGGUGGGUCGCCCCAAGAAGCACCAGCUCUCCGCGUCGGGGCACUCGCCCGCCACGGAGACCAUCGUGGCGAAGAAGCCCCGGUCCAAGGGCCCCCUGCUGCUGCCGCCCAAGGGCGGGCCGAAGCCCUUCGAGACGGGCGCGCGGGGCGGGGGGGAAGACGAGGACGGCGACGACGGAGGGGGCACGGACGACCGAUCACUCAGCUUCAGCAAGCUGUCUAGCACGGCAGCGCUCGGAGACGUGUUCAAGCCGGCUGGGACCGGGACAGAGGACGCCCGCAGGCCCAGCAAGAUCCGUCCCAAGCUGAAGGCGGAGGCGAAGGUGAAGGCGUGGUGCUGGCGCGAGGACGACGACUGGCCGGCGGCCGCGCCGGAGAGCAGCCAGCCCGCGCCCGCGCACGCCUGGGCCAAGAAGGCGGAGAAACCUGAGAAAAUCGAAAAGACUGAGAGGCCGGAGGCGCCCGGACGGCCACAGAAGCGCCGGCCCGGCGGAGACGCCAAGGGGCCCAGGCAGCGCCCCGCGCCGGCGCCCCGGGCCAAGGAGAAGGAGAAGGACAAGCGCGAAGACGCGGCGGGCCCCGCCAAGAAGGCGCGGAAGGGCAGCACGGGCGGCGGGACCAGCGAGAGCGAGGACCUACCGCUCAGCGUGCUGAGUCGCCUCGGCCAAGCGUCGUGCGCGCUGACUCAGGCCCACCUGAACGUGGACGGGCAGCGGGCGCUCACCGUGGUGGGCGGCCUCUUCUACGCGGGCACCAUCGGUGCCAUCCGCGCGCCGGACGUGUACGGCAUCACGCUGGACGGGGAGCGGGGCAACCGCCCGCACAUCCUGUCCCGCGAGGAGAUCCUCAGGGACGCCAUCCUGGAGGUGCGUGCGGCGAGCGUGGCGGCCCUGACGCCCGGCACGCGGGUGUGCGCCUACUGGAGCCAGCAGUACCGCUGCCUGUACCCGGGCACCGUGGCCGAGCCGUCCUCGCCCGACCCGGAGCUGGACGCCCAGUUCGUCAGCGUGGAGUUCGACGACGGAGACAACGGCCGCAUCAGCGUGGACGACGUGCGGCUGCUGCCGGCCGACUACCCCAUCGUCGAGUACGACCCCAACCCGCUGCUGUCGCUGGGCAAGCGCCGGCGACGCAACUCCGGCACCAGCUGCGAGAGCCACUCCAAGGACAGGAGGACGGGCGCGGAGGCGACGCCCCUCGCCGGCCCCAAGGCGGCGAGCCAGGGCGGAGCGAAGGGCGGCGGCGACGAAGACCAGGUCAGCGGGGCAGCCCCCGGGAGCGAGGGCCCCCGGCCGGACGACGCGGCGGGGGGCGAGUCCCGGGAGGAGGGCAAGAAGUCGAGGCUGCAGGAAGAACAGCGGAGCAAGGACGAGCGGCCGUGCGACCUGAGCAGCCGCGAGCGCCGCCGGCUCAAGAAGCGGCGUCGCGAGAAGCUGAAGCGCCUGCUGUCGUGCAGUGGCGCCGCGCUGUCUCCCGACGGGCCGGGCCGCAGGCGCCACCGGCGCCACCGCUGCGGCGGCGACGAGCGCCCGCGCCACCGGCGCCACCACCGCCGGCGCCACCGCCGCCAUAGGCACCGCCACAAGGACUCCAGCGCCGGCUCCUCCGGGGAGACCAGCUCCAAGACCAGCGGUGACGCUGACACCUCGUCGCGGCUGUCCCCGGUGCUGGAGCAGCUCGACAUCCUGGAGAUCCAGCAGACGGCCAUCCACCAGCUGCAGGCCGGCGGGGAGGAUGCCCGGGAGCCCGCCCCCAACACCCCCACCGCCCCCGAGACCGCGGGCCCUGCAGUCCCGGCCGCCGAUGCCAAGAAGGGCAAGAAGGACAAGGAGGCGGUCAAGGCGAAGAAGGGCCGUGAGCGGCAGCCGUCGGGGGAGAGCCGCAGCAAGAUGGCCGCCUUCCUCCCCGCGCGCCAGCUGUGGGGGUGGUCUGGCCGCGGCUUCAAGCGGCCGGGCGCCAAGGGGCGCGGCAAGAAGGAGUUCUUCAAGGCCAUCCAGAGGGGCAAGGAGACCAUAAGGGUUGGCGACUGCGCGGUGUUCCUGUCGACGGGCCGGCCCGACCGCCCGUACAUCGGCCGCAUCGAGUCCAUGUGGGAGUCGUGGGGGACCAACAUGGUGGUGCGCGUCAAGUGGUUCUACCACCCGGAGGAGACCAACGGCUGCCCUUCACAGCUCAAAUACCCGGGCGCGCUGUUCGAGUCUCCGCACGCCGACGAGAACGACGUGCAGACCAUCUCGCACAAGUGCGAGGUCCUGCCGCUGGCCGGCUACACCCGGCGCCUGGGGUCGCAGCCCCAGCGCUACUCCGCCGUCUACGACAACAACGACGUGUACUACCUGGCGGGCUACUACGACCCCACCACGUCUCAGCUGACCAUGGAGCCCGGCGUGCUGUGAGCGGGCACCCCGCCCACACGGCCUUAUCUCGCCCGGGGAGGGGAGGAGGGGGCAGCGAGCCGACGAACUAGGCUGCCGCGAAUUCUGUUUUUCAGACGAGAGCUGGCCCCCCACGGCCUUAUCGCACGGGGUGGUGGGGGGGGGGGGGGGGGGGGGGGGGCAACGAACUAGGCUGCAGCAAAUUAUAUUUUUCUGACUAUAAUCACGCGCAGCAAAUAGUUUUUUUUAAAUUAAGUUCCAAAAUUCUGCUAAAAUAUUUUUCUUUCACACUUUUGAGAACUUCAAGAAAAAAAAUUGAUGCAAAAUACAGUAAAAUGAAAAAAAAAAGAGAAAUGUUAAAUGUAAUCAAAUCAUAACAUGUUACGCCGUCACACAAUGGGGCAGAAAUCUUGUAUCUUUUUUGUAAAUCACUUUACAGAUAAAUCUCCGAAAAAUUCCAAGCUAGUCGUGGCAUACAGAAUCAUAUUUAGUAAGUUAACGUGAAGUUGGCAAAGUUGGCUAUUUGUAGUAAAAAAAGAAAACUCAUAGAAAAUUAAUUUUUAUUAGGGUAACACAUGACAAAAUUAACUGCAUCCAAAAACUGAUAAAUUAACGUGGAACUAGGAAUAAAUAAUGUUACGUUACAAAUUUUGCUUACACUGUGAGCAUGAGCAUUUUCAUUUCCCUGCAAGAUGAAAAUGUGUUUUUAGUUGGUUGCUUGCCCAGAGAAUGCCUGUUCAAACAGCAAACAGAGAGAGAGACUUUGUUAUUGGCCACCUUUAACAACAACUAAAUGCCACCCGUGGUAGCUGGCCGUGCUACUUUCCUGCUCCGGCCGAUGGAGCAAUGUGCUAGGCCUGUCACUGCGACAGUAAUAAUUCCUCUCAUGGCUCUGAAAAGACAGAGCUUAUUCCAUCUAAAAAAAUAAUGGUCUCACACUAUCAUCUCAUGUUCUUUCAAUAAUUAGUUGUUCGGGGGGGAUGAAGGAUUAAAUCCUCAAUCCUAGGCCUGUUAGGUCUCUUUUAGGAAAGUUGUGACUUUUUUUUAAAAUUCUAAUGUAUUUAAACUGCAUUGAGAAGAAUAGCUGCCCUCCGCAAACCCCCCCCCCCUUCCCAUCCAAACCUUCUUGAUUUAAAAUUGUAUAAAUGUUUAUAUCUGUGACAAAAACUGUGAUUACACUGUUUCGAGGCAAGGAAAUAAAUUAUUAUUUUUUAUUGUAUUAAGUUCAUACUGAUUUUGCUUUUAAAUGUUGAAUCUUGUAACCUACAAAAAUUUAUACAGAUUGCAGUUUCAAAAUUGCCUUUAUAAAUACUAAAUAGUGUCAUAGAUUUAUUAUAAAGUCACAGUUUGUAAAUUACCCCCCCCCCCCCUUUUUUUUUAAUAUGACUAUGACUUAAGUGGCAAUGUUGUUUAAGUGUGUUUUAAGUUAGAUAUUUAGGAAAAUUUUAAAGUGCAAUGUUAGUCAUUUACUUGGUGUAUAUACAAGUUGAUCAAAAUUGUAUGUUCUUCGCUAGUAGUGUGUGUUUUUAUUUCCUUUCGACUUGUCUAUGCUUCUUUGCUGCUUGUAUUAUUUAUAUAUAUAUAUUUUUUCCUGUUAGCCUUUGAAAGCGUGUUUGCUGUUGCAAAAUGUUUGUUGUCAACUCUGUGGAGUUAAGUUUUCGACGCACACAGUCAAGGUGUUUUGGGCAGCAGUUUUUUUUCUUUCCUUUUCAACUCGGUGUUUUCGAUCAAGAGCCGAAACGAACGCGCCUCAAGUUGUUGCGAGUUGUUUGGACGCGCUCAAUGUUCCAUAGCCACCGUUGGUCGCAACCCAGAAGCAAUAAUUUUCAAACGAGUGCAUUAUCUGCGCUUUUUUUUUAAUUUUAUAUGAUGUUCGGUCACGGUUCACUCGAAGCAAAGAGUCCGGAGUUUAAUUUUCACAGCCAUUAAACCGUUUUUUGAUGAUUUCGGGGAGGCACAGCUGUGAAACGUUCAUUUUUUGGAGUCGUAACCCAAUGCCUUAAACACGCCUUCUCUGUGUGGAAAAGUGGUGUGGUUGUGUGCGUGUGUGCGUUCGAGUGUGGGAGACGUAUCUUACUGAAGAAGUACCUGUGGACAAUCCGUAUUGCUAGAACUUGUACAGAGAAUUUUUUUACAUUGUUAGUAGGAGGGUAAGCUUUGAUAAAAAAUUUUCUCUCCUACCAUCACGUCAUUUUUUUCCCCUCUUGCCUUUGUUUACGAUGGUAAUGGUAGCGAAUGGUGAUUGUAGUCACAGCUUUAAAUAAUGUCGAGUCAGCAUUUCGGACGAGGCAUGUAUAAAGUUAAGGUAUUUGCAGGUAUAUUUUUAUAUUAAAUAAUGGGUUCUUGAGUUAGAAUCUGUAUAUCUUGCACAAAUUUAAUAUUUCAUUAAUAUUACAGAAAUAUUUUGUGGAAGGGAAAAAAAAAUAUUAUUUUUAAUAAACUUAAAUGUGAUUGUGUCACAUUUUGGAUGUGUUGCCAGACCACCUGUGUAGAAAUACAAUGUUAGUUAAUAGGACUUGCCGGCUAUCACCAUAUCAGUAAAACCUUUUGCUGUCCAUAAAUUUACGUACUGCAGCAGAAUUUAAAAUAAUCCCUUUUGUUUACAAGUACACUUAAUCUUCCCAAGUGAUGGUGAUGUAUCUGUAGCCAUGUAUUCAUUAAUGAAGUUGUUCUUUAGUCUAUAUAUUUUUUUUACGGUGGAGUGAGAAUCUCUCGCCUUUUGUUUCCUCCUUCAUUAAGUUGCUGGCAAAUAUAUUUUCUUUUCUGUGUACUUUAAAUGAAUCUUUUUCUGUGGGAAAAAAAUUAAGAUGUUUCUCGUACUAAAUGCAAGCAAGUACUUAAAUAAUAACAUAGUUUCUUGCCCCUUGCGGAGAAAUAUUUUAAAACCGAUUUAGUUCAUAAGUGCUGUAAGGCUGCAAAUACCACAGGAAUUAGAUAGGUUUUUUUUAAACAUAAAAUAUGUACCUACACAAAUUUUUUGAGCAUUACUUUAUAAGAGACUUUCUAUAUUAUAACAUGUGAUUUAGAAUAAUAUACUGGAUUAAUAGAUAAUUGACUCAGAUUUAUUUCUGAGAAUUAUUCAUACAUUAUAAUUCACUGAUACCAGUUGCAACAAGUGUGUGUGUUUGGUAAAUUCUCUGAAAAUGCAAUAUUACAUCGCUGCAUUCCAUGCAAAAGAAAAUAUGUUUAUGUUGUGACGUUACAAAGUAGUGUUUGUUAUUUGAAAAAAAAAUCUUUCCUUUUUGAACCUACAUUUUUAUAUUGUUUGUUUCUGUGUGUUUGUUAGUAGUGAAAUUUUUUUCUUUAAUAUUUUAGAUACAAAUUUGUAUGCAUGUUUAUUAUGUUUGUGAAAAUUUUUGUUGAUUCAGUGUUAGUUUUUUUAUUAUUAUUAUAUUUGAUCCUGUAACAGUUUUUCUUGUUAUCUCUUAAGUUUUUUGUUCUUUUUUUGAAGUUUUGACAUUAAGUGUACUCUAUUUUUCUCCCCCAAAGCAUUUACUACUGUAAGUGUGUAGAUUGUUUUUAUAGAUUAUACUAUAUUAUCAAAUACGCUUAUUAUUAAAAUAAUAAAACAGAAUAAGAUCUACAGUCGUUUCUAGGUGCUGUUGAAAAAAAUAUUUUUAAAUGUGUUUUCUUUAUAAUCACCCAGUGAAUAAGAGUAAAAGCUUAUUACAAAUAAGAUGCAGUUUAAUAAAAAAUAUUUUAAUUGUCAUGUAAAAACAUAAGGGUGCUAAAUGGAGUGUUUUGCUGAACACUUGUGUAAAAAUAGAGAGAACUAUAGUGUACUCAUGGUAAAUAAAAAAAUCAGUAAUGUAUUUAUCUUUUGUCAAUCUGUAGUUUGGAAGUAGUUGGCUUUCAGUAUAUCUGUCGAUGAAUAUGUAAUAACAUCAACCAGGGUUCAAAAAAUGUGUCAGAGUUAAAAAUGGCCAUAUUCUUAAUGAAAAUUUUGUACAUAAAAAAGUUGUAAAUACAGAGUUGUAAGAUGAAAUGAAAAAAUACAUAUGUGGCAAUGA